AUGAAGCUACGAGAGCAGGCUGGAGAAGAAGCCAGAAGUGGCGAGCUGGUAGGCGCAUCACGAUUCGGCAAUGAAGGGAACAGUGGACGACAGAAAAUGGAGAUGCUCAGCCGCCUGGUCGUAGGUGGCAUUCCCAUGCGCCUCCGACACCCAAUCUGGAUGGAGCUCUCCAACACGUACUCGAUCAUGCAGCCCGAAGCAUACACCUACUACCUCAACCUCCACGAGAACGAAGACCCGACAGAAAUCGAAGCAAUAGUAAAGGACGUCCCCAGAACACUCACCAGCAAAUACGACUACUACGCCGAGAAAGGCUACGACAGACUGAAGAAAGUCCUCAUCGCUUUUGUCAACAAAUACCCAGGUCUCGGAUAUACUCAAGGCCUCAACAUGAUCGCAGGCUACCUCCUCCUCGCCAUCCCCGACGAAAGCGACGCCUUCUGGGUCCUGUGCAAGAUGGUGGACGACUACUUCCCAGCAGAAUACUUCUCCAAAGACACCGCGAUGAGCGCCCCUCUAUCCGACAACGUCGUCCUCCGCCAAUACGUCCGCGAACUCAUGCCCCGGCUCUGGGACAAAAUGUCCGAACUCGAAGUCGACCCCGAACACACCGUGCCGCUAAGCUGGUUCCUCACCGCCUUCGCCAGCGUGCUACCCGAAGUCGUCCUGCUCCGCAUAUGGGACGUCUGGCUCUGUCUUCCCAACCAGAAGACAUUUCUAUUCAACAUCGCACUCACGUUGCUCGCGCACCACGCGAAGAAUCUGAUCGAGUGCCAGUCGCAGGGCGAGUGGUUUGCGUAUAUGAGUAACUCGGUCAGGGUGUCGGAGGAGCCGGAGAAGGUGAAUGAGUUGAUCCGGCAGGCGUUUGCGAUGAGGAGAAAGUUGGAGCAGGUCGAGAUGAGGCGGGCGUUGGAGAUGAAGAGGUUGAAGAGGCAUCCCAGUACGGAUGCGUUGUAUGCUCCGGAGCCGGAGACGGAGGGGGAGGCAUAG